GCGCCCUUGCGGGAUUCGGCGGGGGCAUGCGCGGGGUCCCUUCGGCCCGCGUGGGCUCGGCGAUCCCUCAGAGGCUGCCGUAGGACUUAGCGAGUGAGGUCCGCCGUAGGUGGGUGCUUCAUCGUGGUCCAGCCCCACGUUUAGGGGAAGAACUUACAUCAUCGCAGGGGUAGACUUGCUGGAGAAAUUAUUUGGCCUCGAUUUUUCCAGUGGUGCACAGUGAGUGAAUGGUGAGCUCUGUCUGGUCAGCACGUAAUUUCUCCUAGUGCAGGUCGCUGGGUUAUGCAAGUCACCUGGGCCCAGGAAAUAAAACUUGCCAAAAAAUUCCCCAUCAGCACCAGUAGAGGAAUCUUUUCAUUAACCCCCACAGUGUAUCAGAUCCAUAACCGGCAACGCUGAUGCAGUUGUGAGAACUGGGAGUUCCUUCUAGACUGUAUGAAAGGUGGAGUCCAAGGAUGAGAGCCUCCUGGAUUUAAGGUUUGCUUCCAUUCGGAAUAGAGUCCAGGCCUGGAGUCAGCUGGAAAUAGUGCUGCCGUGGAGCCCGCAAUCCGUGGAAGGAAAUCUUUCUAGUCCAUAAUUUGAUCUCGAACGGAAAGGAGAUGCUCACGUAGGAGAGUGACAGGAGCUGUUGUGCAUGCCCCAGCACUGAACUGCCUUCUCAGGGACCCUGGCUCUGGGACUGGCUAUGGGAGAUUGGAUGACUGUUACAGAUCCAGUUCUGUGUACAGAAAACAAAAAUCUCUCUCAAUAUACCUCAGAAACAAAGAUGUCUCCGUCAAGUUUAUACUCGCAGCAAGUACUGUGCUCUGCAACACCUUUAUCCAAGAAUGUGCAUGGUGUUUUCAGUGCCUUCUGCACAGGAGAGAACAUCGAACAGAGUAUUUCGUAUCUUGAUCAGGAACUGACUACCUUCGGUUUCCCUUCCUUGUAUGAAGAAUCCAAAAGUAAGGAGGCGAAGCGAGAGUUAAGUAUAGUUGCUCUUCUGAACUGCAUGAAUGAGCUGCUUGUGCUUCAGCGGAAGAACCUCCUGGCCCAAGAAAGCGUGGAGACACAGAAUCUGAAGCUGGGCAGUGACAUGGACCACCUGCAGAGCUGCUACGCCAAACUUAAGGAACAGUUGGAGGCCUCCAGGCGAGAGAUGAUCAGCCUUCAGGAGAGAGACAGACAGCUACAGUGCAAAAACAGGAAUUUGCAUCAGCUCCUGAAAAACGAGAAAGAAGAGGUACAAAAAUUACAAAAUAUCAUAGCCAGUCGGGCUACUCAGUAUAAUCAUGAUGUGAAGAGAAAGGAGCGGGAGUACAAUAAACUGAAGGAGCGUCUGCAUCAGCUUGUUAUGAACAAGAAGGAUAAAAAUAUAGCCAUGGACGUUUUAAAUUACGUGGGCCGAGUGGAUGGAAAGCGAGGCUCCUGGAGGACUGAUAAAACAGAAGCCAGGAAUGAAGAUGAAAUGUACAAAAUUCUGCUGAAUGAUUAUGAGUACCGCCAGAAGCAGAUCCUGCUGGAGAAUGCGGAGCUGAAGAAGGUCCUCCAGCAGAUGAAGAAAGAGAUGAUCUCUCUCCUUUCUCCUCAAAAGAAGAAACCCAGAGAAAGAGCAGAGGACAGCACAGGCACUGUUGUCAUCUCCGAUGUAGAAGACGACGCUGGGGAGCUGAGCAGAGAUGGUGUGUGGAGCCUUUCCUGUGACACUGUCAGGGAGCAGCUUACAAACAGCAUCAGGAAGCAGUGGAGAAUUCUGAAAAGCCAUGUGGAAAAACUUGAUAACCAAGCUUCAAAGGUACACUCAGAGGGCUUUCAUGAAGAGGACGUCAUCUCACGACAAGACCAUGAGCAAGAGACUGAGAAACUGGAGCUGGAGAUUGAGCGGUGUAAAGAGAUGAUCAAGGCUCAGCAGCAGCUCUUACAGCAACAGCUGGCCACUGCGUGUGAUGACGACACCACCUCACUGUUGCGAGACUGUUACUUGCUUGAAGAAAAGGAACGCCUUAAAGAAGAGUGGUCCCUUUUUAAAGAGCAAAAAAAGAAUUUUGAGAGAGAAAGACGAAGCUUUACAGAAGCUGCUAUUCGCUUGGGGUUGGAGAGAAAGGCGUUUGAGGAAGAGCGAGCCAGCUGGGUGAAGCAGCAGUUUUUAAACAUGACGACCUUUGAUCACCAGAACUCAGAAAAUGUGAAACUUUUCAGUGCCUUUUCAGGAAGUUCUGAUCCAGACAAUCUUAUAGUCCACCCACGGCCACGGCAAAAGAAGCCACACAGUGUCGCUAAUGGGGUACCAGCUUGCACAUCCAAACUGGCUAAGUCUCUUCCGACCUCACCUUCAGACUUCUGCCCGUCUCGCUCAUGUGUGUCUGAGCACAGUCCCGUCAGUGCGCUGACUGUGACUCCUGAAGAAACCAAACCGAAUGAGGUUGGAAGAGAAAGUACGGACCAGAAGUGGAGCGUGGUGUCCAGACCCAGCUCCCGGGAGGGUUGCUACGGUGGAUGCUCCUCGGCCUACACAAGCUCCCACGUGGAACGAGAUGACUUACCAUAGGUGCUCGGGCUGCAGCGCUGUCCUGGAGUGCAUGAGAGGAAUUGACACGGGGUGUAGCAUAAAGUCAGCCAUCUACCUUAAGAUGUCGGAGUUGUUUGUUUGGACUUCCCAGUCUUUCCCCAAAGAGCUGAAACGCUUUAGAGGAUGCGAAAGCUUUGGCUGUGUGUUAGUAACAGAAGCCUCUGGCUCUGUGAGUAAAGGAAUGUAUGGUGUUUGGUGGGAAACAAAAGCACGAGAAUGAUUUCCUCUUCCGGGUACUGAGAAUAGCACUUUUAGGGACUGAUUCUUGUAAACAUUAAAUUUUUGUCCCAAGUAUGGUUGGCAUUGGAAGUUUAGUCUUUACUUGAAUGUACACUGUAGAUUUUUAACAAAGCAGUUCUAUAUUUAUUAUGUUUAGUGUGAUUUUGGGAUUACCUCUUUCAUAUGUUUUCUGCCUGUACAUAAAUAUACAUGACUAUGUUAAGAGGCUUUAAGGUUUAAAAAUUUCACACCAUGCUCGAGUAUAGCAUUUCAUGCCAAUUAAAAUGUUUUCAGUGGCAUGGUGUUUACAGAUGUGUUAGGACCACUGCCACAUGACAGUUAAGAUUUUAUUUUUAAGCCAUUUGGGCAAUAAAAAUUCAAAGCCACUUCAUAAGCUAAGUUCAGAUAGCUAAAACUACUAACAUUACAUUUUUGAGAUUUAUAAAGCAUUAUAUUUUAUUUUAUAUAUGUGACUGUUAUAAUUUCUAAGAGGAAUGUGGAUUAUGAAGCAAUGGGGGAAAGACAGAAGUGACUAAUAGUGCAAGAGCAUUGGGUGAAGGGACGGCUGAUGAGGAUAUGGGAGACCUGGGUGGUGAUCUUUUCCUUACCGACGGUGCGGUGCGGCGAUCUCUGUACCGCCAGGGCUUUCUAUCAUUGCCAAUACUUUUGUAAUUAAAGAGAUUUUCAACUACAUACCACUACUAAAGUAAGACAGUGUAAAACUUUGGCUUUUGUAAUUGACACUCUGGACACUGGUGUGUUGUUCAUUUCUAGAACAAUCGUAGGCUCUUUUCUCUGUUUCUGCUGCAUGUUUCUUCAUGAGAAGUAUGUUACUAUUGACAGUAAUGACACUGACAGUGACUGUAGACGUAGGCCCAGACUUCUCCUGGGUGGAUUUUCAUCCAGCAGCUUUUAAGUGCCUCGCCCUGCUCGUCUCUGCACAUAGCCGCCGACACAAGCCCUCGCUUGAUGAUGCAGAUAGUCCAUCUGCCUUUCUCUCCCCUUGCCCUGCUAUGACUGUUGCAUUAAAUUCAUCAUGCUGCCAAAAGACAA